AUGAAGACGGCACUCCUUUCAUGGUCAUUACUUUCCUUGAUUUUGAAUCCCGUCAUCUCCACCUCGACGAGCCACACUGGAUCCGACAAUAUUUUGAAAAAGCCAUCAGCUCCCCAGGCGAACCUCCAAGCAGACAAGUCACCGGGAAGCUCUCACACGGUGUUUAAUGGCGUCGAAGUUCCCCCCAUGAAACAGCUUAAUGCGACUAAUUUUGAUGAAACUAUUAAGGAGGGUUACUGGUUUGUGAAGCAUUACUCUCCAUAUUGCCCGUAUUGCUUGGACAUCGCUCCAACGUGGCAAACGCUAUACGAAUUCUAUUAUACCUCGAAUCCCCUAUCGACCUCAACAUCCAAGCAAGCACCGGCUGCGCAAUCCUCCCUGAAUUCCUUUAAUGGUUUCUACAACUUUCAUUUCGCUUCAAUGGACUGCAUCGCAAAUGCAGAUAAAUGCCAGGCACUUAAAGUGGCUGCAUUCCCCAUGUUCAUACUCUACUACAAGGGUGAAAAGUUGGAAUCCUUUAUUGGUAAAAAGUCAAUCAAAGCCAUGAGCGAGUUUAUCGAGGAGAAAUUGGAACACAUUAAGCCCGGUUCAAGACCCCUGAAGGGUUUAAAGCUACCGAAACCCGGCGAUACCAAGGUUGAUUCAACUCCGCUUAGUGAUACAUCGGGAUCCAAACUCGAAUCAAAACCAGAAGGAAAAUCAGAAACUUCAACUUCUGUGUCGACAACAAGUGGAAAGCCCCAGCCUGCGCGGCCCGUGCCCAACCCUCAAGGCACAUCGAUCCCCCUCACGGCUGAAAGUUUCCAGAAACUAGUCACGACCACUCAUGUUCCAUGGUUUAUCAAGUUCUAUACACAAUGGUGCAGCCAUUGCCAGGCCAUGGCUCCCUCAUGGGAACAGAUGUCCAAGGAUAUGAAAGGUAUUUUAAAUGUUGGCGAAGUUAACUGUGAGACUGAGCGGCGAUUGUGCAAAGAUGCCCGAGUUAGCUCCUAUCCAACUAUUUACUUUUUCAGGGGUGGAGAGCGUGUCGAGUAUCACGGGCUCAGAGGCCUGGGAGACCUGGUCAGCUACGCUAGAAAGGCAGCCGAAGUUGUGGGCAACGGCGUUCAAUAUGUUGAUGCUGCUGCCUUUAAGGAAAUGGAGCAAACAGAAGAGGUAAUUUUCUUGUAUUUCUUCGACAAGGCUACCACUUCAGAGGACUUUGCCGCCCUGGACCGCUUAACUUUGAGCUUAGUGGGACGUGCAAGGCUGGUCAAGACCGAUAGCGAGAUUCUCGCUACGAGAUUCAGAAUUUCUACCUGGCCUCGUCUUCUCGUCUCGAGAGAUGGGAAACCCAGUUACUACAACGCCCUUGCGCCUAAAGAUAUGCGAGAUUUCCGACAGGUUCUUAGCUGGAUGGAAAGCGUGUGGCUUCCAAUUGUCCCAGAGCUUACAGCGACGAACGCUCGCGAGAUCCUCCCUGGAAAAUUUGUCGUCCUCGGUAUCCUCAGUCGACUGCGCUCAGAUGAAUUCAUCCAGGAUAAAAAGGAGCUGAAAAAUGCUGCGCUUGAGUGGAUGGAUAAGCAGACGAAAUUAUUUCAACUUGAGCGUCAGGAACUUCGAGACGCGAAAGAAUUGCGUAUCGAAGAGGCAGAGGACCGAAAUGACCAGCGAGCGCUGCGUGCAGCGAAAAAUAGACAAAUCACCAUUCGGGAGAGCGAUAAAAAACAGGUCGUUUUCGCAUGGGUCGACGGUAUAUUCUGGGAUCGAUGGCUUCGGACAACUUAUGGUAUUGAUGUUAAAAACGGAGAACGUGUCAUCAUCAAUGACGAGGACAAUCGCCGAUACUGGGACACCACCACAAGCGGUGCCUACAUCAUGCCCAGCCGUACCUCCAUUCUCGACACCAUCACCCAAGUCAUCUCCCCAUCCUCGAAGCUCAAACCGAAAUCCACAGUUGGUUUCUUUGAAGGCCUAUUCUUCAAAACACGCUCCUUUAUUCAAGCUCACCCUUUCAUAUUCAUUGCUCUCAUCUUCCUUGUUGUGGUAUUCUCAUCCCUUUGCGUGAAGGGUAGAUUAAGAAGACUCAGAGGCGCUGGGGGGCUCCUUGGUGCCGUCACUGGUACCUCAGGUGGUGGAUUCUUCCACCUCGAUGGAAAAGAGGGCCUGCUUGGUGUUGGAAGCGGUUCAGGGAAAGUUGACUAG